AUGUACAUAUUUAAACUAAGUUCAGUAUCUUCAGAAUGCACAAUUCCUAUGGUGCUUCGAAAUACAUGGUUUUCCUAUGAAAAUGGCCAGCAAACCAUUACUGAUAUAAAUGCUAGUGAAAUGACUGGAAGGGGGGUUUGUGUAAACAUAAAAGCUGACUAUCAUGUAAAUUAUACAAUGGUUUUUCGUUAUACAAACUGUUACUACUGUGUAAAAUUAAUAGCUCGCACAGUCAAUGUUUUGGAAAAGAUUGAAACAACUUGCGUUGAUGUGGCUCCUGGUGAAGAACCAACAAUUGAAAGAGUGUGUCGAGGUUUGAAUCCUGAUAAAGAGUUUAUUACUUUAUUUUCAGAAAAUUCAGUGCCAGUUAACUGUCGUUCAUCUCUGGAGGGUGUAUGGCAAUUUGCAUAUCAGAAUCGUUUCCGUUUCACAGGAGAGUGUAAUCAUCCAGAUGCACAAAUUAAAUCUUGCCAAACUGCCGGCACACAGUUUUUGAUCACCAAUCAGAAGUUCAAUAUUACAUAUAAAAAGUGCCCUGGAAUGUCUGGUACCUUUGAAGGAGUUGUUGAGUUUAGUUGCCUGGGACAUUGGUUUGUGGAUAAGAAUCAUUUCUUUGCUGUGGCCAACACCAAAGAAUCUCGGAAAGAUGAGAAGUACCGCUGCUUUCUGAAGAACAGAGAUGAUGAUUUGUAUAUUGGUGCUUCAAUUACCCCUCAGUGCAACACAUUGAAGACUGUUGAAAAAUCUCCUGAAAGAUAUCGAAUUACCCCAGUAAAGGCUGAAGUAGUUGAGCCGGGUUGUCGUUUACCUCAAAACUUCUCAGGAGAUUGGAUUAAUACAGCCAAUAUUGAUGCUGAUGUAUUUAUCAACGAAACGCACAUCAUCGAGACUUACUAUCCGGAUGAGGGACGAUACAGACGCACAAUUUACGUUUGCAGGGAGCAAAGGGACAGCAGGGUGAUGAUGGCCCGUCUCACAGUUGAUGGGUGUCAGAAAGAUUAUGUUUGUUUUGAUUUUGUGCCUCAGCACCACAAUGUUAUAAGGUACCGUAAAGGCUUAGCCAUGAUUCAGAGCAACUUCCAUACUGUAUGCUCAUGGGUUCAGUUUCCGAACAAACAACAAUGGCGAUACGAUAUUUUCCUUAAAAAGGACCCAUCGCCUAUUCGCUGUCCUGUUGCUGGUAAAUUUAACUUCACGCAAAGAGGAGAUGUGAGGUUUGAGACAAGAAUACUUGGGGGUGUGACACUAAGCCCCCGUCCCAACUUGUACUGUAAAAUAAAUAUUAGUGAUUUCUCUGUAUGUGACCCAGACCAAAAGACGAUACAAAUAAAGGAGAACUACUGUCUGUCCGUUGAUCAUUUGGGAAGACCUGUGGAUAUAUACAGUGACCCUGAUUACAAGAUGAAGUGCAUUGGGUAUUGGAAAGAAAAUUUGAAAUCUUACUUGAUCACUUAUGAUGAAUUAGAUCCUUUCUCCAAGUACCGUUGCUGGGUAUAUCAAAGGGCUGAUUUAAACAGGGUGCUCAUGUCUCAGGCACUAGGCCCAUAUUGUGAUCUAAAACAAGAUGUUACGUCGUGGAAUUAUACUGAGGGCGCUGCGGUCGCCGUUGAAAUGGAAGAGUAUGAGCGGGAACGUGAUCAGUGUCCAAUGCAUUUUGAUGAUGGCAGUGACCCAUGGUCAACUAAAGAAAACCAAAUAAGGAUAUUCACUUUUAGUUAUUCCUUUUGGAGGAGUAAUGAUGCUUCAUAUAUAGGAUUUAGCACCGUGUUGUUGAGUUUAACAUUAGCGCUGCUAAUGUAA